AUCGUGUUUGACAAUCUGAGCGACCGCCUCACGGGGAUAUUUAACCGGCUCCAGGGAAAAGGCCGUCUCACCGAAAACGACAUUGACGACGCUCUGGGCCAGGUGCGCCGCUCACUGUUAGAAGCCGACGUGAACUUCCGGGUUGCGCGAGAUUUCGUCGCCGCGGUCAAAGAGCGUUCCCUGGACAGCGAUGUCCUCGAAAGCCUCAGCCCGGGCCAGCAGGUCGUGAAAAUCGUCCACGAAGAACUGACCGGCAUCCUCAGCGCCGGAGACCAUCGCCUGACUCCUUCCAGCCAGCUGCCUUCGGUGCUGAUGCUGGUGGGAUUGCAGGGAUCAGGCAAGACCACCACCGCGGCCAAACUGGCGUUGCAGCUGCGGCGUCAAAGCCAUAGCGCGUUGAUGGUUGCCGCCGACUUGCGCCGACCUGCAGCCAUCUCCCAACUGCAAACUUUGGGCAAACAGUUGGACGUACCCGUGUAUUCCGAGGAUCCAGCCGGCGCCACGCCUGCCAGCGUUGCCGUUGCCGGAGUGCGUCGCGCUACCGAGCUGGCUUUGACCUGGACCAUAGUGGACACCGGCGGACGCCUGCACAUCGACGAUGAUCUUAUGGGUGAACUGGAGGACGUCAAGAACGCCAUUUCGCCGCAUCAGGUGCUGUUGGUCGUCGACGCCAUGACCGGUCAGGACGCGGUGAACGCAGCCGAAGAGUUUCACCGGCGCAUCGGUUUGGACGGCUUGAUAUUGUCCAAAAUGGACGGAGACGCCCGGGGCGGAGCGGCCCUCUCUAUCACCCGCGUCACCGGCGUUCCCAUCAAAUUCAUCGGGACCGGAGAGCGCACGGAUGGUUUGGAGGCAUUCCAUCCCGAUCGCAUGGCUUCUCGCAUCCUGGCCAUGGGCGAUGUAUUAACCCUGAUCGAACGGGCCCAGGAAGCCGUGGACGAACAGAAGGCCAAAGAGCUGGAACGCAAGAUGCGCACGGCCAGCUUCACUUUGGAGGACUUCCUGGACCAAAUCCAGGGCGUCAAGAAAAUGGGCGGAUUGGCCUCCGUUAUGGAGAUGAUCCCCGGCAUGGGCCAAUCCACCAAAAAGAUGAAGGAUCAACUCGACGAAUCUGAACUGAGGAAAACCGAGGCAGUCAUUCGAUCCAUGACGAUGGAAGAAAGGGAACACCCGGAAAUCAUCAAGGCCAGCCGACGCCGCCGGAUCGCGUUGGGGAGCGGCACCAACCCGUCAGAUGUCAACCGCGUGCUGAAUCAGUUCAAACAAACCCAACGGCUCAUGCGUCAGUUUUCCAGCAACCCCAAGGGCCUCAUGCGGAUGUUGCGGUAA